ACAAGAAAACUGGUUGAAGCAGUUUCUCGUUUUCAUGCGCCAUUUGUCCUGAAAUGCUAGAGGUGAUUUGAAUGGGGACGGUGUACCGUUUACUUUAAACAUUGUCACAAGUUUUUGUGCUAAUCAUUCUUUCUGAGAAACUAUAAUUCGAUAGGUUAGACAUAUUCUUCUUUCAGGCUGGAUGAGAUGGGUGCUCUUCGUCGGAAGUUAUUGGUGAAACACGAAAUUUGGCGCCUAGUAACAUCUCCAUGGUUGCAUGCAGGGAUGUUCAGCCUGAUUAUAAACCUUUCAGGUGUUAUCUUCAUAGGCCUGCAAUUAGAACGAGAGUUUGGAUCCUUGAGGAUUGGGAUGAUCUACUUAUGCUCAGGUUUUACUGGUAGUUUGAUGUCUGCGCUUUUCGUUCAAGAUAUCCCAGAAGUUGGGUCUUCUGGUGCUUUAUUCGGAUUACUUGGCGCGAUGCUCUCAGGACUUAUCAGGAAUUGGAAAUUUUAUAGUGACAAGUUCACAGCUCUGGUAGUACUGUGUUUGGCAGCAACUAUAAAUUUUUCUCUUGGCGUGUUGCCUCACGUGGACAAUUUUUCAAAUGUUGGGGGAUUUGUCUCUGGAUUUCUUCUAGGAUUUGUACUGUUCUUUGACCCUCGUCUUGAACAAGUGCCUCUAAAUAAAAAAGGUCUAUUUGAAUACAAGGAAAAGAGUUCAAUGAAGUUGAUGAACUUCAAGCAGAAAUUGGAUAAGCCAGUGCUGAGGAGUAUCUCUCUCGUUCUGUUUGCGCUUAUUGUUACUGGAUGUGUUGUUGCAGUACUACAUGGAGAGAACUUGAAUAACCAAUGUAGCUGGUGCCAUUAUGUUAACUGCAUUCCUUCCGAAAGGUGGAGCUGUAAUGUGAAAGCUUCGCUGCCGUGCGAGGUCAGGAAAACUGCUAACCAAUCGAUUCUGACAUGUAAAAGUAACGGCAAGUCCAGGGUGUACACUUUCACAAACUUAUCAGAGGCGAGGAUAAGGGACCUGUGCAGUGAGAUAUGCUACUAAGCCUGUUGAACAUUGUAUGAUAUAUGUUGUCAUGACAGGUGUUGUGCUUUAGAAACUGAAAAAAUGGGUGGGAUUUCUUUUUUUUGUUUGAAGGGGGGAAGUGUCACAAUGGUGAGAUCGAUACAUAUAGGCAAUCCGUGUAGAAAAAAAAAGGUUUCGUUUUAAACCUGUAAAUGUAAUUACUGAAUUGUUUGCUCAAGAAUUUGUGAAUUACUGAAUUUAGCUUUAGAAAACUUUUUAUUGCCAA